CGGUUUAAAGUGUAAUUAAGAAUUUAAAAUAAUAUGUAUUUAAUUCACUUUAGCCGUCUUUUUAGUAUGAAAGUUUUAGAUUUAUCCGGAUUUUACGGUUUUUAUUUUGUCGAGGCCAGCAUCACUGGUUCGCCCGUUUGAACAGAGGUUACAUUCGAAUCGAGACCUCAAGUUGCUAAGUUUAAUUUAUAAAAAAAAAAUUGAUUUGAUAGUUGUUAUUUAUAUUAAACAAGUAAUUUAUUCUAGUCAGGGGGAAAAAUUAUCGAAAGGGGGGGCCGGUUAAAUGAGGUUUUCCGUCCCAGGAUCAUAUUUCGUCUCGACUUUUUAGCCGUUUGCGUCGGUGUUUUUGUAUGGCAUCGAUGCAGCCAGUUCCGAUCUACAUGAACGCUAUUGAACCGAUGCAGGUGGACGCGCCGCCUGAGGACAACGACAACACUGAAGAAGACCCCUACUUGGUGGAAAACCCGACAUUAGAUUUAGAUGUCUAUGCUAAUAGUUAUACAGGGCUUGCAAGGUUGUACAGAUUGAUGUACAUUGCAGAUCAUUGUCCUACUUUGAGGAUCGAAGCAUUGAAAAUGGCAAUCUCAUAUGUUAUGAACACAUACAAUGUAAAUCUAUAUCAGCAGUUGCAUAAAAAGUUACAACAGUGUGUAUCGUCGAUGUCACUUCCGGACGUUGCCGGAGGAGGGCCGUUGGACGUGCCGACGUUGGAUGCGCUCUGGGUGGACAACAAAGCAAAAAAGGCAGCUCUGAAGCUUGAAAAGCUUGAUACAGAUUUGAAAAAUUAUAAAAGCAACUCGAUCAAAGAAAGCAUCCGACGUGGCAACGAUGAUCUUGGUGAUCACCAUCUUGAUUCGGGAGACCUCAGCAACGCUCUCAAAUGUUACUCGAGGGCACGAGAUUAUUGCACUUCUGGGAAACAUGUUGUUAACAUGUGUCUCAAUGUUAUUAAAGUAAGCGUUUAUUUACAAAAUUGGUCUCAUGUUUUAAGCUAUGUUAGCAAAGCAGAAUCGACACCAGAUUUUUCUGAUUCCCAGAGCAAGGAGAGCAACCAGUUGAUAAUAGGCAAGCUUAAAUGUGCAGCGGGGCUUGCAGAGCUAGCGACGAAAAAAUACAAACUAGCUGCUAAACAAUUUCUCCAGGCGAAUCUCGACCACUCCGAAUUCCCCGAGCUGCUUUCGCCCAACAACAUAGCUGUCUACGGUGGCCUCUGCGCUCUAGCAACGUUUGACAGGGCAGACCUCCAGAGACACGUCAUAUUUAGCAGCUCGUUCAAACUCUUCCUUGAGCUCGAACCGCAGCUUAGGGACAUUAUAUUUAAAUUCUACGAAUCGAAGUACGCUACAUGCCUCAAGCUUUUGGAUGACAUAAAGGACAAUUUAUACCUGGAUAUGUAUUUAGCUCCUCAUGUCAAUACGCUAUAUUCCCAAAUUAGAAAUCGAGCAUUAAUCCAGUAUUUCAGCCCGUAUCAAUCUGCUGAGAUGGGAAAGAUGGCGAACGCGUUCAAUACAACUGUUGCGGCCCUUGAAGACGAGUUGAUGCAGCUGAUACUCGACGGCCAAAUUCAGGCCAGGAUAGACUCUCACAACAAGAUACUCUACGCAAAAGACAUGGACCAGAGGAGUGGGACGUUCGAAAAGGCAUUACAAAUGGGCAAGGAAUACCAGAGGCGGACACGUAUGCUCAUACUCAGGGCUGCUCUGCUCAAAGCCCACAUCUCAGUCAAAAUUCCGCAGAGAGAAGCAGGACAAGGAGCAGGGGAAAUGUCAGUGGCGCCAGCAAGCUCUAGACCAUAGCACUCGUUUAAUCAUCACAAAUAAAUAAAUGUACAUUUCACUUCGUAUGCAAAAAUUUA